GUCAGUUCAGUUGCUAAGUUGUUAUUGUCAGUCAAAUUAAAAGAGCCAUCAAUUAAAUAAAUAACCUCUUCAAAGGAAAUAUUUUUGCAAUUUUCAACAAUCGUAAACUAGCUGAGAAGUGCAGAUAGCACGUUUUUGCAUUGGUAAUACUUGGAGCAAUAUAACUCUGUUAAACAUGGAGCCUAGUCAAGAAAACGUAGUUCAAGCUGUUGUUAUAAUGGAUCUUUUCAAUAACAAUUUCUCACCUAUCAAUAAAACUAAGCCUGUGGCAUUACUUUCUGUAGCUGGAGUACCGCUUAUUGAUUAUGUUCUGGAAUCAUUAGGGCUUGGAGGAGUAGGUGAAACAAUUUUGUUUUGCUGUCAAGACGGACCUACAAUUAAGGAGCAUAUAAAGAUGUCAAAAGAGAAGAAAGCACCAUGGAGCUUGACAAUGGAUGUCCAAGUUAUUAUGUCUGAAACUUGUCAAACUAUGGGUGAUGUAAUGAGAGAAAUUGAUGCAGCGGGUCUUGUCAGAGGAUAUUUUGUACUAUUGGGAGUUAACAGUAUUACAAAUGUUAACUUUGCAUCUUUGCUUGAAGAACACAAAUUGAUCUGUAAAAAAGAUAAAGAGGCUGCAAUGACUUUAAUAUAUAAAAGAGUUUCCUGGGAACAUCCAUUAAUUAAAAAUAACAAACCAUUAUUUUUGGCAGCUGAUGGGAACACAAAUAAAGUCCUUAUUCAUGAGAAAACAAGAUCUAAUAGUAAUACUUUGCAAUUACCACUUGACUGUAUCUUGAGUCAUUCAGAAGCAAAAUUGCAUCAUAAUUUGGUAGAUGCCAACAUUGCAUUAUGUUCACCCUCAGUACUUCCUUUAUUUGCUGACAAUUUUGAUUUCCAAACUAGAGAUGAUUUUGUUAAUGGUGUAUUGAUAAACGAGGAAAUUUUAGCAAGUACUUUAUAUUAUAAGAUUCUGAAAGAAAAUCAAUAUGCUGCUGCUAUUACUAAUUGGAAAACUUAUCAAAUUGUUUCAUGGGACAUAUUACACAACUGGGUGUAUCCAUUAUCAAUUGAGACUGGAUCAUUCUUUCAAAACAACUAUAUUCUUAUGGAAAAUCAUAACUUUCGUAAAAUAACAUCAAAGUUAAGCAGAUCUUGUACACUAGAUGAAGAUGUACUAAUAGGUGCUGAUACUGAAAUUUGUGAUAAUACUACAAUAACAAAAACUAUGAUUGGUAAUAAUUGUAAAAUUGGAAACAAUGUUAUCUUGGUAGGAAGCCAAAUAAUGGACAAUGUUACCAUCAAAGAUAAUUGUAAAAUUAUUAAUUCAUUUAUUGACAACAAUUGCAUGAUAAAUGCAGAUUCACUUAUUGAAAAUGGCACCAUUAUAGCUGAAAAUGUAAACAUAAAUGCAGGAAGUAAGUUAAAAGGUGCUAUUAUUGAGUGUUCCGAAGAAGAUAAGAAUGAGAAAAAUUUGGUGAAAUCAACUUCGGAAAGUGGCACUGAGUGGGAGAAUGAGUCUGACGGCAGUGGAGAUGAUGAGUUUGUAGGAUUCGAUAAAGUGUGGAGUGAUAGUGAAUCUUGUUAUUCAUCAGAUAGCAGUGCUCAGUCUUCCUUACCUGAGUCACCAGUUCCAGAAGACACAAAUAUUUUCUUACAAGAAGUUAUUGAUAGUCUAGCGAGAGGUUAUGAAGAGAAAUUGAAAUGUGAUUACUUAAUUUUAGAAAUAAAUUCAUCUAGAUAUGCAUACAACAUACAAUUACAUGAAGUUAAUUUCUUUGUCAUAAGAGCUAUGCUUAGCAUGCCUAUACUUGUUGACAGUAAAAGUGUUCUGGUUACUGUUAAGGAUAUAUUAAAAUUCUUCCGGCCAAUUUUGUCCAAUUACAUCAAGACUAAAUCAUCAAUUAUGGAUUGCUUAAGAGCAGUGGAGGAAAGUUGCAUAAAGUGUGACUGGCUCGAGGGUAAAGCAGGUCAAAUUUUACAUCUUCUGUAUGAGACAGAUGUUGUUGAUGAAGAUUCAUUGGUUGAGUGGUAUGAUGACUUGAAAGAUAAUGAAAGUCCACUUGUCAACCAAACAUCAUUAGUAAAGUUCUUUGAAUGGCUUCAAGAAGCAAGUGAAGAGAGUGAAGAAUCGGAAUAAUGUCUGAAUUCCCAUUGCACAUACAAAAAUAUAUUGGUAUCUCUGUCUAUUCAAAGAGAAUGAAAGGGAUGACAAUCUAUU